AUGUCCGGAGAGAAGCAGGGCGUGCUCGAAAGUCAAUUUUCGCGUCGCUUAGACGAACCAAUUCCUAUCACAGCCGGGGAUGCCGAGAAUGGUGAAAGGAUUCGAGACCCUCGCUGGCUGCUCAUCUGCAUUGCCGUCUUCUCGGCCAACCUGCUCUAUGGCUUAGACAAUACCGUCGUGGCGGACAUCCAGGCCGCCAUAGCAGGCACGUUCGACGAGUACUCUCAGCUGGGCUGGCUCGGUGUGGGCUUUACCUUAGGGUCGGUGUGUUUUAUUCUCCCGCUGGGAAAAGCCUACGCCAUCUUCGAUACGAAAUGGCUCUUUCUCGGCUGUUUGACCAUGUUUGCCGCCGGCAGUGCGCUUUGUGGAGCAGCCCCCAAUAUGAACGCCAUCAUUGUCGGGCGUGUGUGGGCAGGAGCUGGUGGCGCGGGCAUGUAUCUGGGCAACCUGAAUCUGAUCACCAUCCUGACCACCCCCAAAGAACAGCCCAUGUAUGUGGCACUGAUCGGAUUGAUAUAUGGCAUCGGCUGUAUCCUAGGUCCCAUCAUCGGAGGCGCCUUCUCCGAUAGUUCGGCCUCCUGGCGAUGGGCAUUUUAUCUCAAUUUGGUCAUCUUUGGCGUCAUGUCGCCCAUAUAUAUCUUUAUGCUGCCCUCCUUGCCGCGUCCAGCGGGUAAAGGCCGCAGCUUCAUUAAAAAGCUCGUGAAGUUGGACUGGGUGGGCAUGGUCCUGUCUGCGGGUAUGCAUGUCGCCAUCAUUUUGUUCAUCGUCUUUGGCGGAGUCGAAUGGCCUUGGACGGAUGGGCGUAAUAUUGCGUUAUACGUUGUCUCUGCCGUCUGCAUCGUUGCCUUCGCGCUUAGCCAGUACUACUGUGUCGGGACCAACUCAAACGAGCGAUUGUUCCCUGGUGAGUUCUUGCAGGACCUCACGAUGGUUGUCCUCUACGUCCUGGAGGCCUGUGGUGGUGCCGCCCUCUUUGUGGCGGUCUACUAUAUCCCACUCUACUUCCAGUUCGUUCACGGUGACUCCGGCAUCAUGUCGGCGGUGCGGUUAUUGCCUUUUAUCUGCUUCUACGUGACGGCGAUUCUGCUGUGCGGGUGGCUCAUGCCCAAGACCGGUUACUUUAUUCUCUGGUACCUGGGGAGUGGCAUUUUUAUGCUUAUUGGGUCCGUGUUGAUGUACACCGUGCGCGUCGACACCAGUGCCGCCAACGUCUACGGGUACACCAUCCUGAUGGGUCUGGGGAUGGCCACCACGCAGGCUGCCUACGCGGUGGGACCAAAUCUCGUGACCCCUGACCGCGUGGCCGAGUGCAUUCAGUUCCUGAACAUCGGACAGGGUCAGAGUCAGUUGCUGGGAUUGGCCAUCGCAAGUGCCAUUUUCCAGAGCAAGACUGUCAGUGGGCUCUCCGCCCUGUUGGAGGGCAAGGGUUAUUCGCGGGCGGAUAUCGAAAGUGCCAUUGCCGGCGCCCAGAGUACCCUGAUGGAUCAGCUGCCCCGGGCCUUGAAAGUGAAAGCCCUCUCGGUGAUUGUAAAUGCGAUCGAUGAUGUCUACGUGAUGGCGAUCGCAGCGGGUGCCCUCUACGUGCUUGCGUCCUGCAUCCUGCCUCGCCGUCGGUUCUAG